AUGGCUGAAUCAGGUUCUCACGGCUGGGUUCCUGAGGUCAUUACCAUUGAAGGUAGUGAGGAUUGCCUGGUCCAGGCUCUUCUUGAUGGUACUCUCCGUGCCGUGAGCGACGGCUCUUACAAAGCGAAAGUGGGCACAGCAUGCGCUCAAAUUCUCACUGAGGAUCGCAGGGAUAUCAUCUGGAUCACCUGCCAAACCCCUGGCAAAUUUGAGGAUCAGAAUUCAACGCGCAGCAAAUUGAUUGGCCUUAUGGCUUCUCUCCUGGUGUUGGAAUGGAUGGCUCAGCUUGCCCAACUGAAACUCUUUGCCAGCCAACCCUCGGUGGAGAUGGCCUGCGACCGUCUUAUUGCCCUGGAUAAGUGCUUCUCUGAAACACAUCUGUCCUUGUCUGGCGCGCAGUUUGACUUGGCCUCCACCAUCCGGGCCUUGCUUUGCCACCUUCCUCUCCAAGUUCAUCGGCGUCAUGUCAAGGGUCGCUUGGAUAAGCACCGUCCUUUCUCCCAACUGGACUGGUGGGAGCAGCGCAAUGUUGAAGUCGACUCCAAAGCACAAUCCUACCGCCGCCUGCUGGAGACUACAGGCCAAUCGGGUGCCUCCAACCCCCGCUUCUUCCAUGAACCUGUGGCGUUGUUCAUUGAUCGUAUCAAGUCGUCCCGACUGGAUCAGGCUCACAUCAUGGAGCUGGUCUCUCUUCCUGCCCUCCGUGCGUAUUGGUCCUCCAAGGACCGACUCUCCGAGCAGUCCAUCCGCAAGCAUAUAACUGAUGCAUUAAUUGUAUUAAAACUGUCUCAAGUUUCUAGAUUGCCGUUAACGGCUGUCAUGGGCAUUUACCAUACAGAGGUGAGUCCAGUACUGUUGAACCAGUUUGAGGCAUCCAAUCCCAGGGAAGUUGCUCUAUCGCAUAUUACAUUGCACCCUUGCACAUGUAGAACCGAUCUUGCCACUCGAGGCGGCGUAUUUUUAUUUUGUUUUUUGAGAUUUUUGAAGGUGGUGGUGGGCAUGAUUGUGUAG